AUGGUGCCUGACAUUCCAGUUGUGGCACCACCAAAGAAAGCAGGUUUGUUUGCCCCUCAGAACUUUGUGUUCAAGCCUCUGGUAGGCCUGACCACCUACAAUGUUAAACCAGUGUCCCGUUCCAAAGCAGAUGGGUUUCUGUUUCCCAGUCCCUCAUGGAGUCUUGUGAAGAACACUAGUGAAAGGUUAUCGGUGUAGUAUCUUGAAUGGGAAAGAACAAUGGAAACAGAUAUCCGAAAGGACACAAAAGGUCUUGUCCACACAACCAUUGAGCAAACCAGAUUGCUUAUUGCUGAAAGAUUCAAACAGAUUAAAGGUCUAGUGGAUAACUGUGAGUUCCCAUGUGGGGGAAAGGAGACCAAAACAGAUCUGGAUGGAUUUGGGGAUAUGGUGAAUUUUCAGGUAGAAGAUGUAAAUAAGAACAUUGAGAACCUAAGGGAACGUCAGUGGAAUGUACGAUAA